CCAUCCACAGACGAACAGCUGUUUCGAUUGUUGUUGUGGAUUGCCGACCAUACAAUUUAGUUUUUUUACUGAUUAAAUGUUGUGUUCUUAAAAACAACACGGCGGCAGAUUCGGCACCAGGACACAGUCAUUCCCCUCCGCACUUGGUGCCUAUGAUUCCAUCAGAUAUGGACCUAAUUGAAUCAACCGCGGAGCAGCCGGACAAACUCUACAACAUCAACAGAAUCCGAGCGUUUAAAGAUGUUCCCUUCCUGAUAAGGCGCACGGAGUCCAAGGACACGAUCGUGUCAUACGCCGAUGCUGCAGAUGAGAUUCAAGUUUUGAUGAAUUUUCUGCGAAAGAACGGGGUCCCAGAUGAGGCAGGAAUUGCUCUACGAGUCACGGAGCACACGCCGGCCUCUUCUCUUAUGAUUUUGGCGAUCCUCAACAACAAGUGCCACUUUUUUCCCACGGAUAAGAUGAUGCUGUCACAGGAUCUAUACUCACAGAUGAGCACGGCCGGAGUGGACUACCUCGUGGCCAACAAACAUUUAACCGUUGCACCCUUGUACUUCACAUUUCUGGGGAGCAUCUUGGUGUUUAAGGAGGACUGUAGGCUAUACAGGGUAAAGUUGAAAUCCGCUGAUGAGACUGUACAAUCCAAAAAGCCGUUACCAGCCAAUAUGUGCUACACAAUCUCCACGACGGGCACUACGGGUAAGCCAAAGCUCAUACAUGUGCCCUAUGAAUGCAUAGCGCCCAACAUAGUGGGGCUCAGCCAAAAGUUAAACGUCUCCAUGGCCGACAUCAUUUACCUUGGCACACCAAUUACCUUCGAUCCCUUCGUGGUGGAGUUCUUCCUAGCUCUUCAAAAUGGUGCUACUUUACUGACCAGUCGUCACUCCAUGAGGGACUCGCCAAGCAAGGUGCUAAGUGCCCUCUUCCCCGACAACCUGGCCACACCGGGAAUCACUGUUCUGCAGAUGACUCCUUCGCUGUUUCGGCAAUUUGGUGCAUCUUCCAUCAAAGAUCGAGUGCUCAGCGGGUCCAGUUCAUUGAGAUUGUUUUUAGAGUACUGCUCCUUGGUGGCGAACCAUUUCCCAGCAAUGUCGAGCUUGUUACUUGGAUGCAUCCAAGUGUCCUGAUGCAGAAGCACAUAUGCAACAUAUAUGGAAUCACGGAAAUAUCCUGUUGGAGCCUACUGCACAUCGUUCAGUCAUUACAAUCUCCUGUGCCUUUGGGCACGCCUAUCGAAGAGGACACGGUUCUGCGGAUUGAAUCCGAAGACAAUGAAACCUCACAGCAAGGAGAGCUGUUUCUGGGUAGUGUCAAGCGGCGUUGCUAUAUCCCAGAAGUUGAUGACCAGGCGAAUGCUUCACAAGACGAUUCAGGUAUUUGUUUCAGGGCGACAGGAGAUUUGGUAACACGACAGCAGGAUGGCACAUUGUUCUAUAGUGAGAGAUCGAACGAUGUGGUAAAGCGAGCUGGUAAUCGCAUUAGCUUGGGUUUAAUCACCAGAAAAAUUCAAAAAUGUCUGCCUAGCUCGGAACUGACUACUUGCCUAUGGCUCGAAGAUUUGCAGAAACUCAUUUGCUGCAUUCGAACCCUAGAGUCGAAGACUAGAGUUCAGCAGCGGGUCCAAACCUUUGAUAUACUUUCCAAGGUAUCGAUUGCCGAGCAGCCAGAUAGAUUUGUCUAUCUGCAACACUUUCCCUGCAACGUACACGGCAAGCUAGACAAGCAACAGCUUCUUAAAAUGUGCAUUCCCCUUGCACAACCAGCUCAGCAGAUAUUAAAGAGCUAUCUACACGAUAGGCUAGAAUGUGUGGAAGAGCCUGAUGAUAGCGCUUCGAAAAAGCAGCGACUUGAUGACGCCGCUCCCUGUGGCUAUGAUUUGAGUUUUCGCCAGGCGGGUGGCACAUCAUUCCAUGCCAUCACCAUUUGCCGAGAGAUAGGUUUACAAAUGUGCAUCGAUGAUGAGCAACGCCACUUGUUCGAAAUGCUACUGGAUGAGAACAUUCCGUUGCGCACAGUGCUAAGAUUCUUGGACACAGCCAAGUUGGUGGCCAACAAUAUUAAGCGAAAGAAUGUUGAGACAGCGGUAGUUGUCUCAGCCUGCCAAAGUGGCUUGAUUAUUAAACGUAUCGAACAGCCGGUCCUCAAGCUUCAGAUCUACUGGAAGGUCAACUUCGAGAAGUGCAUAGACUCCCCAGUGACCGAAUACGAGGGACGCUUCAUUUGCGUGGGCGCACAUUCGAAAAUCCUCCGGACGCUUAAUCCCCAGACGGGCAGCGAAUACAGUGUAGUGAAACUUCCCGAACGUAUCGAGUGUAAGGUGACGUUCCUCACCGAGCAGCUUGCCAUGGUGGGCUGCUACGAUGGAUGUCUCUACGGUUUCAAUCCCCAAACCGGUAACAUUGUAUUUCGCGUUGGAAUUGGUGGCUUAAUUAAGUCGCAGCCCAUGCUAACCGCCGAUGGUCGCCGAAUCAUAGUAUGCAGCUAUGCCGAUGACUACAAUGUCUAUUGCUUGUCAGCCGAGCGGCAGGAGGUGCUGUGGUGCCUAAGGAUCGGUGAAAAACCGAUCUUUGCGAGUCCUUUGGAGCUGCCGAGGGAACAGUCGCUGAUAGUCUGCACUUUGGACGGCAGCUACUCACGUGUGGCCAUUACCGAUGGCUCAGUGGAGUGGACGCAGAAAUUUAGAGAACCAGUAUUCUCCACACCUGUUCUUUUGGAAUCCGUAUCCAAUAUUUUUCUAAGCGCGGAAGUGGCUGGGCGAGUCCAUGCCUGUCAUGUGGGCAAUGGCAAAAUUCUGGCUACCUUCAGCACAGAAGGAAACAUUUUCUCUUCGCUAGUGGUCAAGACCCCACCGACUUUUAUGGGACAUUCCUUUGCCAUUUUUGGUUGCAUAGACCAACAUUUGUAUUGCCUGCGAUGCAAAACCGGACCGGGUGGCAAAUCUGUUGAGCUUGAGCUGCACUGGAAGGUCGAUGUGGGUGCACCCAUAUAUGCCACGCCAACUUUGCUAACAGUGCAGCCGAACGGUCUUUUGGUUUGGUGCGCCGCCACCGAUGGACGCGUCAUGCUGAUAAACUUUAGAAAUGGCGAGAUUCAGUGGUCGGAUAAACUACCCGGUCAAGUCUUUUCCAGUGCAUGCUUUAUUGAGGACCUGCGUCGUGUUUUCGUGGGAUGCCGAGACAAUUUCCUUUACUGUCUGGGCAUCUAGAUAUCAACUGCAACUGAUACAUUUCCAUUUACAAUCAACUUGUUGCUUAGCAGUAAGAUAGAAAAGUGUGCCUGAUUAAAUACAUUAAUUUACAGAGGAAUACAGAAUUUACUUGUAUAACUACAAUUUAAGCACAAUGUCCAGUUGUUAAAGUACAUACAUAAGAAAACGCAUGUUAUAUUUUUUGAAUGUAUACCCAAACAUUUUUCUCUACAUUGAAAAAUUUGCUUU